UUUCAUACUACUUCCGGUUUCAAGCGACGGCGUCUUCCUAUGAUAUCACUGUUAUUAUAUUAAAAUCCUAUCGAAGUUCAUAACAAAAUACAUAGAAUAUGUACGAACAUCAUGAUGAUGGCCCGGGUUUUGUCGGGAUAAAAUUCUGCCAAGAAUGCAAUAACAUGUUGUACCCCAAAGAAGACAAAGAGAAUAAAAUCCUAGCAUAUGCAUGUCGAAAUUGCGACUAUCAGCAAGAGGCAGACAAUCCAUGUAUAUAUGUGAACAAAAUUACACAUGAAGUAGAUGAACUUACUCAAAUCAUAGCUGAUGUUAUAGCAGAUCCAACACUUCCUAGAACAGAUGACCACCCUUGUCCUAAAUGUGGUCAUAAAGAAGCGGUUUUCUUCCAGUCACAGACAACUAAAACAGAGCAAGGGAUGCGGCUAUACUAUGUUUGCACAAAUAACAACUGCACUCAUAGGUGGACAGAGUAAAGAACAGAGAAAGAAGACGUACAUAUACAGUUGAGACAAAUGCUGGGGUAACACUUGUGAAGUCCUCUAGAGCAAGUUGUGUCCACUGAUUGCUGUUGGUUUUGUACAGAUGGGAUAUUUUCAGAGGCAGCACAUACAGGAAACAUUUUGUUUUGUUUUGAAUUUUAAUUAUGAAAGUAUUGAUACCUUUAACUAAUAAUACUAAUUGAUUAAACAGACAACUCGUGAGACAUUCUUAUAUCAUUACCGUAAUGUAAAUAAUGGAAUAAUUCGAGAGACUUUUAUGCUGGACUGUGCUCUUGUGAAGAUCACUCAAACUUAUUGAAAAGAGGGCCAUAGUAAAGCCCUUAAACUCAUGGUUUAUAAAAGGUUUAUUUUCUUAUGGAUUUUUUAAACUAAAAAGGUAUUGAUGCCGAAACACUAUAUCAGAAUAAGUGUAGCCUAAUGAACUAAACAGUGAUGAAUUUUAGAACUGUAUUUUUGAAGAUGAAGCACAAUACAAUGUUGCGAUAACUUAUUGUUCAUUUCAUUAAUAAAAUAGUGAGGCAAAAAAAUACAUAUUAGUUCAAAGAACUUUUA